AUGGUAGUACCGCCGUUUCUAACUUGUGGGAGGAGUGGGAAGGGUAAGGAUGAAGAAGAAGAAAAAAAAGAAAAAGAAAAGGCAGAAGAAGAAGUACAUGACAAUCUGGUGUGGUGUGAAGAUAGAAAGGAAAAUGAUUACCAUUGUUCUAUUGCUACAUCUCAAUCUAAUACUGUAAUGGAGGAUUUUUAUCAAGUUGAGUUUGGCAAGAACUCACUGUUUGUUGGAGUUUAUGAUGGCCAUAAAGGUCUUGAUGCCGCCCGGUUUAUCCGUGUUUGUCUCUUCCCUGAACUAAGUAGUGAGUCUUCUUCCUUUUCUCUUUUAUGCUUUCAUUAUUCAGAUGACUUUCAAUCUUUGCACAACUUAGAGAUUAUUGGGCUUGUUACGGAGAACAAAGUCGUAUCUGAAGAUAUUAUGGAACAAGCUGUUGAUUUUAUUGAGAAGGGCUUUAAGGAAUAUGUUACAAAUAAUAUUGAUGACGAUGGAAGGGUAGGAAGUGUUGGUUCCUGCUGCCUAUUUGGAAUAAUAUGGGGAAGGACUCUUUUUGUUGCAAAUGUUGGAGAUUCCCGCGCGAUUCUUGGUUCUUCUAAGGGUUUUUUUAAAAGACCACAUGUUGUUCAACUUACAGUUGAUCACCAUGUUAGUCAUGCAGCUGCUAGAGAAGAGAUCCGGAACCAUAUCACUAAUGAUCCAUUUGUUUUGUGCAAGAAUCGUGGAUCAUUGCGAGUUAAAAGCUUAAUUGAGAUAACCAGAAGCAUUGGGGAUGCAUAUCUAAAGUGGUCGGAUCCACAUCCAAGCUUUGAAACAUUUUCUAGAUAUGAAGCAAAUGUAAUCUCAGAAAAACCAUUUACAGAUAGAAGAGAUAUAGAUGAGAGUGAUAAAUUCCUAAUAUUUGCUUCACAUGGUUUUUGGAAACUUAUGACAAAUUCGGAAGCAGCUGAUAUUGUUUACAACAAUAGCCAAGAUGGAAUCUCAAAAAGACUUGUGAGAGCUGCUCUAGAGAAGGCCAUCAAUGAUAUUAUCACUUAUUGCAAUCUUCAGAACUUGAAAGCAGGCAAUGGUUUGCUGGGUCGUCGUCAUUAUUAUGACGAUGUCACUGUAAUUGUCAUAUUCUUGAACAAAAGGAGCGACACACCAACGACGGAACCCGAAUUUCAAUCAACAACUUCUACAAAUGAGUUGAAGAUAUCCAAGUUUGUUCAUCUGUAG